UAUUCUGCACGUCCGCAGCAGAAACAGUUUAAGGAAUAUACACCGACCGCGUUCAGUGGACAAAUUUCUUUCUUUUUCUUCUUUUUCACUUAAGCUGUCAAACAAAAGAUCUUAUACCUUCCUACGUUAUAGGUAUUUACUACUAACUAAAGUCGAACAUAGAUAGCUCUGACAAUUUUAAGACGUUUUUUUUGUAUUUUUGGCCGCCUCGCCUCAUUCUGCUGCCGUUAUUGCACGGCGAAGGUGGUGUGUUGUGAUUGUGAUUUUGUUUCGUUGUGUUACGUUACGUUUCGCAUUAUCGUUGCUACGUGUCGAUUGUGUCUUGUGUGUGAUUGGACUUGACUGAAGUGUUUUCCGAGUGAUGUACUGCCAUUGCAUGUCGAUGGUGUCUUCUUCCUUUUCCGGACGUCAAUUGGUUGGUCACACGAGUGAGUGAGAAUUCUGGCUAUAGUUAUUACGUGCGGUCGUACUUUUUGCGUGCGUGUAAUUUUGUGGUGCAUUGUGCAUUGUGCUCCUUGCACCUUGCAAUCAUUUGUAUGUAAAACGCGCCUGAGCUAUCGAAGAGGAUAGUAGUUGUUGUUCACUCCUACGAAUACGUGUUUGUGAUUUUAUUAAUUUUUUGAACUAUCGUCGCUGAAUUCUUUCAUUCAAAAAAAACUAAUGGAGUUCCUUAUCCGUUGUCCAUUCAAUAAUAAUACAAAAUAGUAAAAAUAAAAACAGAUGAACUGUUGACCGCCAUUCAGGAAACGGAAAUACAAAAAAAUGUUAAAUUAACUCUUUCUUAAGUCAUUCUCAUUAAUCGUAAACUAAAUGAAUGCGUUCAGACAAAAGUGCGAGAAAUUAUAAUUGCCUAUUUGUGAAAAAUCCUUUUCGGCGGUGUGCGGUGUUUAAAGGACGAUAUUAAUUUAAAUUCGAAAAAGAAAAACUCAUAAUGUUACCUUAUCAAGCUGUAGCAAUGGAUUAUGCUGGUUAUCAAAGACAAAGUUCAAGUGUCCCAACGGGACCGAUGGCAAUGAGCUCAUUAGGAAUGGGUGGAUCACCAUUUGGACAUUCUUGGCUGGUACCAACUCAGGAUUUGUGUGCGGUUCCUUACAAACAAAUGCCAAAUCAACAUCAGAAUGGAGGAAUGCAUCCGAAUCAACAAUCACUGGAACCUGGAAUUUUAGAAUUACGAAAAGAAAAGUCACGAGACGCUGCUAGAUCUAGACGUGGCAAAGAAAAUUAUGAAUUUUAUGAAUUAGCCAAAAUGCUUCCAUUACCUGCCGCCAUCACAAGCCAGUUGGAUAAGGCAUCAAUAAUAAGACUGACAAUAAGUUAUCUUAAGUUAAGAGAUUUUUCAAGUCACGGCGAUCCGCCAUGGACGAGGGAUAAUUCAACAAAUAGUAAAGUUUUAAAAAGCGCAGCCAUUCGAAGAAGUCCCGCUGUUGAACUCUUCGAACAACACCAAGGCACUCAUAUUCUUCAGUCACUAGAUGGCUUUGCACUUGCUGUUGCAGCAGAUGGAAGAUUCUUGUACAUAUCAGAAACAGUAUCAAUAUAUUUAGGUCUUUCGCAAGUUGAAAUGACCGGAAGCAGUAUAUUCGAUUAUAUUCAUCAAGCUGAUCAUGCUGAAAUAGCUGAACAGCUUGGUCUUAGUCUUACCAGUGGAAGCAGCGGUAGUAAUGGCGCUGGUCUGGCGUCACCUUCAUCAGGUGCAUCUGAUGAAGGAGGUGGCAAUCAUGGCACAAAUAAUCCUGAUGUUUCCGCCCAAAUGUGUAUUAAUUCAACGACGAUGUAUAAAGGUUUCGAACGAUCAUUUUGUGUUCGAAUGAAAUCGACGCUAACAAAACGUGGCUGUCAUUUCAAAUCUUCUGGUUACAGGGGAGGUGAUGUUUCCGAUAAGAGUUGCGCCAACGGUGGUAAAUUUGGUAAAACAUCGGCUUCCAAUUAUUCGGUGGUUUUGUUGUUAUGUAAACUUCGACCGCAAUAUACAUUUACACAUGCUAGAAAGUCGCAACCACCUUUGUUGGGUAUGGUUGCUUUGGCGAUAGCAUUACCACCGCCAUCUGUGCAUGAAAUCCGAUUGGAGUGUGAUAUGUUUGUGACAAGAAUCAAUUUUGACUUCCGAAUAGCACAUUGUGAACCAAGAGUAUCAGAUCUGCUAGAUUACAGCCCGGAAGAAUUAGUUGGAAAGAAUUUAUAUAAUUUAAUUCAUGGUGAAGAUUCUAAUAAAAUGCGAAAGAGCCAUAUGGAUUUAAUAGAAAAAGGACAAGUUCUCUCGCCCUACUAUCGAAUGAUGAAUAAAACUGGUGGUUAUACUUGGCUACAAACUUGUGCAACAGUUGUUUGUAGCACGAAAAAUGCUGACGAACAAAACAUAAUUUGUGUGAAUUACGUAAUAAGUUGUCGAGAAAAUGAACAUCUUAUUUUGGAUACUUGUCAACUAGAACCGAGUGCAGAUUCUGUCAAAGACGAAGAAUCCGGAACAGACAAAGGAGCUGGUUCACCCGGUGGUGAUCCCUCCACCGAAGGUCAUCCUGGAUCAGCUUCCGAAUCAAAAACAUCUUCACCGAAGACUGAUAACGAUAGUCAUCAUCGGACUAGAGCACGUAAUAGCACAACAAAUCUAAACAACUCAUCAAUAUCAAUGGCAAAAGAUUCUUCAGCGACCGGUGCAGGAACAUCGAUGGGAGAAGAAUCAAUUGCGGCAGCACUAACACCAAACACUGUAGCGGCUCCAACAAAAAGAGGCCAAAAGCGAAAAAUCAAAGUUGAAGAAGAAAUCGUGUCUAAUAAUAACGAAGUUGCAAUAUCAUCGCCUGAUCAACGAGAGACUCCACGUAGCCGCCAUCCAUCUGUUAUUGAGGAGCAUGCAGAAACUUCCGUUAAGGAUCUCGAAAAUGCCAUGUCAAAACACUUACCCUCGCCUGGUGGAGGCCCGCCAACAACUGAUUUUAGUGCCGAUGCUCUGUUGAAACAACAACAACAGCAGCAGCAACAACAGCAGCAAGAAAAGAGCAGUACGAUUCAGUGGAUUGGAACGCCGCACUAUCAACAACCGCCACCAAUGCCUGCCACUGCUCUACUUCGUCAGUUGUAUGCCAAUAGAGAAAGCGUUAUACGAGCAACAGCCCGUCAAACACCCACUGGGGUAUUCUACAGUGACAAUCAAGGCGGACCUCUCCCAACGCCACCUGGCAGUGAAUCGUCGUAUGACAACCAGUAUCUGCUGCACGGACAUACGCCGCAAAAAACAACCGACGCCUUCACGAAUCUCGUGUCAACAUACGGCGGUUACCACAGUUCCAUAGAUUACCAUAAUGCCAUGACUCCACCAAGCUCUGUUUCACCACGAGAAACUAAUAAUCUGGGUGGCAAGAACUCUUCACACACAUCGAAUGGUGGUUACGAAUAUGCCGACCCCCUUCGUGGUGGCCAGUACAACACUCCAACCAGUACGGACUCCGGCUCAGCUCCUCCAUUGCCUUUAAAACCUCAACCAUACUCAGCCGCUGCUGCUGCCAUGCACCAUCAUGCGGCAAACACAAUAGACCCUGCAUCGGCUUACGGUAAUCUGGAGCAACCCCAAUACUUUUCUCCACAUUCCGGGUUUCAUUUAUACCAUAAAGGUGCCCCCUCAACAAGUUGGUACACAACCCCGUCGUAGACGGUGUUCGACCAAGAGUGCAAGCAGACAGCUAGACGGCAAGCUUAACUUCAUUUUAAUGCCGGGGAAAUGUGACAUAAGCAUAAUAGCUAAUGAUAUUGAUUGUUUGACUGAACUCAUCCCCCAUUACACUUAAUACAUAAAUGAGUUCCAACUAUGUACUAUAUGACAUUCGAUUUGAGGUUAAAGUUAAUGUUUCACUGUCAAAAGGGAGACAUGUUGGUUAAUCCAAUAAAUGUCACAUAAUAAGAGAACAACUGUCAAAAAAGAUAAUGUGAUUAAAUGAACUCCCUAGUGAUUGUGCUGCUCUCUUUUAAUUGACAGUAGAACUAUAACCUAGCAUCAUCAUAACUGUAAAAAGUAAUAAUGUAAAUAGAACAAAAAAUUAAACUACAUUAUAUUGAAUAAAUUUAAAUUAGUUUUUACAAAAUUUUAAUUAAUUAAAUUUAAAAUUAAAAUCAAAACUUAAAACUUGUUAAAACAAAGAAAAUUAAAACAAAAUCACAAAACAAAAAAAGAAACAUUCAAUGUUGUUAAAUUAUUUUUAAGUAUUUACCUCCAUAUUCUUGUAAAAAGCAAACUACUACUAUACUAUGUAUUGAUUAACUAAUACUCAACUUAAUAUUCAAAUACUCAAUAAAAUAACACUUAAUUAUGAUUGAUUUAAGUUAUAAAUUGCAAAACUAUGAAUGAACAAAAGAUUUUAAAGACUUAGAUAGUGUGCCAAUAAAAAAAGACAAUUCCAGUCUCUCAAUCUUCAAUCUCUCUGUCUCUCUCUUACUCUUUUUACUUUUUGUAUUUAUUAUGUUUAUUAAUUUAAUUUAUUUACAAUGUAAUUAUAUUAAAACUUAUUUUUAAAAUAAAAUCACUUAUGUACUAAAAAUAGUUAAAAGAUAACAUAUCACUGUUGUUAACAGCUGAAUUAGUUUAAGUUUUAUUUUUUCGUAUCCUUAACAAAUUUUGUGUAAUCUGCAAGAAAAAAUCUUUUAAAAAUUUUUAGUUUAAGUUUUUAUUAUGAGUGUAUUUUUAUAUAAAAGUGCAACUGGGAUGUUUUAUUUCUGUUAAAUUUUGAUUAAUUUUGUUAAAUUUAGACUAAUUUUUUUCAUUGAACUUAAAAAUUAAAAAAAAAAAAAUUCUUUAUUGAAAAUUUGUUAAUCCGUGAUGCUUUAAUAUUUUUGUAUUUUGUUCUUACUUAAACUAGGUAAUUAUUAUGUAGAAUUUAUUGAGUAAGUUUUUACUAUAAAAAAAAUGA